UAUAAUGCUAAAUAUGAACUAUUACAUAUACAACAAAAUAUGUUUCUCAAGGCGAUUCUCGUUCAUUUUAUGGUAUGUGAGUGUGAGUGUGAGUGUGUAUGCGCGUGCGUAUGGACAAAAUAAUAUAAACAUAUUUGUCGUUUAUUAUCGUUUGCAUUAGUUGGAAAUUUACUAUAUUACACUUAACUACUUAAGUUCAAACGAUCAAUUUGUGUUUAAGUGAUUACCAAAUUUAACAUUCUUUAAUUUUUAUCGAUAUUAAAUAUUGAUGGUUUUUUUUUACUUACAUAUAUGCAACGGUUUUAUUUAAUUUAAUUUUUUUAAAAAAUUUUAAAAUCAUGGAUACUUUGAAAGAUUGGAAAAUAGUGUCCUUGCUUGUUUGCGUAUUUGCUAUGGUCAGAGAAAUACGACCAAUUGAGCCGUUUUUUACAUCAUACCUCAAAAGUAUGAAUUUCACAUUAGACCAGAUCAACGAAGAAAUAUAUGCAGUGGGGACUUAUUCGUGCCUAGUAUUAGCUAUUGUAAUAUUCUUGAUAACAGAUUAUUUUCGGUACAAACCGUUAAUUAUUGCAGAUGGAAUUGCUGGAAUUUUAACAUAUGCAUUACUAUUAGGAACACCAAGUUUAUUCAGAGUUCAAAUGGAACAAGUAUUCUUUGGAUUUUUUUAUUCAUCAGAAGUUGCGUUCACUACAUAUUUGUAUGCCAAGGUCGACAACAAACAAUAUUAUCAAAAAAUCACUAGUCUAGUGAAAGCAUCUAUGUUAUUUGGCAGAUUUCUGUCUGGAUUAAUUGCGCAAACUAUUGUUUCAACACACUUAUUGGACGAAGUUUAUUUGCUAUAUAUCAGUAUAUUUAGUACUUCAUUUGUGACAUUAUGGACAUUAGUACUCCCUAAAGUAGAACACAGUUUAUACUUUCAUAGAAAUAAGGAAUUACCAGUAAAUAUUAAAUUAAAACUAUCUAACGGGGUUGCUAUUGAUGACAAUGCAUCAAAUAAUGUUCCUAAAAAUUCAAUAGUCAAUACAUUUAAAGAAGUUAAGCAAAUGAUUUUUAAUGAUUUUCAAUCGGCAUAUGAAAAUACGUAUGUAGUGAAAAAAUGUGUUUGGUGGAUAUUUGCUGUAGUUGGUCAAAUUAUAGUUGCAACGUAUAUUCAAGUUUUAUGGGAAGAUGUGAACCAAAAUAAAAAAAAACUAAUGAACGGAGCUGUAGAAUCUAUACACACUCUUUGUGGUGCAGCAGGUGCAUACGCAGUUGGUCACUUGAGUUAUGAUUGGAAAAAUGUUGGUGAUAUUAUAUUCUCAGUUGGAACCUUUGUAUUGGCUUUAUUAUUAUUCAUAAUAUAUUACUGUAAUUCACUAUGGAUAUUGUACCUAUUAUACAUAUCGUUUGGUACUUGUUACCAAAUAUUAUUAACUAUAACCACCUCUGAAGUUGCGAAACAUAUAAAACCUGACAGUUAUGGAUUAAUAUUUGGUUUUAAUUUAUUUAUGUCGUUAUUGAUAAUUUCAAUAUUUACAUUACUAUUUAUCCAAGGCCUUAUUGUUGUUAUAGGAACAAAAAAUCAGAUUUUAACAGUUUCUUUGUUGUUUGCAUCGAUGUCCAUAAUAUUAUUUGUCACAGCUGUUAGAAAAUGGAAAAAAUAAAUGCACAGGUACCUAUUGUGAACCAAUCAAGAAUGCUUUAACCAAAAACAUUUACAUUUAUUUUUGUACAUUUAUUUCAUUGCAUUAUUUGAAUACCAUUAUAAUAUUAUCAUAGAUA